AUGAUCGUCGAUUCUCCACUCAGCCCCAGCGAUGCCAAAUCGACGUGGGCAGAUAAGUAUUUCGAUAUCGUAGCUUUCGAUCCUCGGGGUGUCGGCUUUACUACCCCGCCAUUUACAUGCUUUGCCAACGCCCAGCACAGUUUAUUGUGGCAAGUAGCUUCAGAGACUGAUGGGUUACUGGGUAGCUCAAAUUUGGCGUUUAGCCGUAUGUGGGCGAGAAAGAAGGCCCUUGCUGAUGCUUGCUAUAUUCAAGAUGGGGACCAGGGGAUUAGCGCACGAAUGAACACUCCAGUCGUUGCGAUGGAUAUGGCAGCGAUUGGAGAAGCCCUUACACGAUGGCGAGUAAAGCGGACUCAGUCAAACAAUCUAAUUCGGGAACCACAAAGUCCAAUGGAAAAAUCGGAUCUGGGAUUACACAAGGUGCAAUAUUGGGGAUUCUCGUAUGGAACCCUACUGGGUGAAACAUUUGCCAGUAUGUAUCCACAACUCGUGGGCCGUCUGGUACUGGAUGGUGUUGUUGACAGCGAUCGCCAUUAUGCCGGAACUUGGGACGGAAACAUUAACGAUGCAGAUGCUAUAAUGGAAAGAUUCAGCAGCUAUUGCUAUCAAGCAGGACCUGAUAAAUGUCAUUUGUUCUCUGAAAAGGGUCCGAGAUAUGUUCAAUCUUCGGUCGACGAUAUUGUCGCUUUUGCAAGAAAUACAACAAAAUCCGUGGUUUCAGCACACAGACCGGAAAUUGUCACCUAUAGUGAUGUGCAGAAGCUCAUUCGGGAUUCAAUAUAUGAGCCAUUCAAGGAAUUCGAAGGACUCGCCCAGGCAUUAUACAACUUAGCUAAUGGGGAUGGAAGCAUAAUUGCGAAUCGAAAGCAAACAUCACCACCGCGGGAUAUGUUCUUUGAACCUGCUGAUUAUGCAGAAGAAGUGGUUGGAGCUAUAUCCUGCUCCGAUGGCCCUGACCAGAGCAAUACAACUAAAGAGGAGUUUAUGCAAUAUUGGCAGAAGAUGCGUCAUCAGAGUAUCUACCUUGGCGACCGAUGGAGUCAAAAUCGACUGCUCUGUCUAUUUUGGAGAACCAGACCUGAAUUUACAUACUCUGGGCCGAUUGGAGUCCGCACAGAGCCAAUCUUGUUUAUUGGAAACAGUUUAGACCCGGUCACGUCCCUUGAUAAGUAUGCCAAUGUUGAUAUGAAAUGGAUAUGCAGAUACGUUUAUGUGAAUUGA